AUGACUGAUAAAGAACAAUUGACCCAUAUUCAAAAUAAUAAUUUACAUCAAAUAUCCAAUGUAUCAAUUGAAAUACCUCUUAUAAAUGAAUCUCCAAUAUCACCAACAACUGAAACAAUAAUAAAACAAAAUACUCAUUCAAAAUUAUUAUAUUUAGAUGGUCUUCGUGGAAUACUUUGUUUAAUUGUUGUAUUUAGUCAUUCAAUUUUAAUGGGUAAAACAACUCAUGAAGAAAAUUUCUCAAUAUUUUUUCGUCCAUGGAUACAACAUUCACCUUUACGUUUAUUUCUCGCUGGAGAAUUUGCUGUAGCUGGAUUUUUCGUACUAUCAGGAUGUGUCCUCGUACGACGUUAUUUCGAACAUUCAAAUAAUAUUCAUAUUUUAAUCGGUGGUUUAAUUCGUCGAUUUCCAAGAUUAUUCAUACCAUCAACAAUUGCUUUAUUAUGUUAUUUUUCUAUAUUUCAUUUUCGACCAUUUUACGGUUAUAAUGAAUGUCAUGAAAUUGGUGAAGGUACAGUUAAUAUAGAAGAAAUUAAUCUUGGUUAUGCACUUUUAAAUACAUUUGGACAAUAUUUUUGGAUGCCAGCAUUAUAUACAAUUCAAUGGACAAUGCAAAUUGAAUUUAUAUUUUCGAUUCUAAUUUAUUUCAUCGCGUUUUUAGUUACACGAUCGUUUAUUUAUCGUUAUCGAAUAAUAAUUUAUAUAUUACUUAUAUUUAUUUUACCUAUAGUAUGGUUAGUUAGUCAUGAAAGUAUUCCAAGACCAGUUCAAUAUCUUCAACCAUUUGUUUUCGGAAUUUUCUUGAGUGAUUUAGAUGCGAAUGGUUUACUAAAUUUUUGUCAUACAAUGAAAAGAUAUUGGUUAAUUUUAAUUAAGAUUAUUUUAAUUCUAUUAACAAUAUAUUUUGGUUCAUAUCCAGUAUUUAAUACAGAUGUAAUAAAUGGUCAUGGAACAUUAUGGUCACCAUUUGGAUGGAUGUUUGGUUGGUUUUGGAUAUCGUUUGGAAGUUUUUGUUUAUUAAUAUUAAUAAUGAUUUCAAAAAAUAUUCAAAAUUUUCUAUCAACAAAAAUAAUUCAAUUUAUUGGAAAAAUAUCUUUUAGUAUCUAUCUUACUCAUUAUAUUAUAUUAUGUAUAAUCGAUACGUCAUUUGUACAAUGGACAGCUUCAUAUUUAGGACGAGAUUUAGCUGUUAUUAUAGGAUUAAUAAUAUUUGCUUUACCAAUUACUAUAUUUAUAUCAUAUGGAUUCUAUAUAUUUGUUGAUGCUCCUGCAGUACAUAUGUCACAUUGGCUUUAUUUUAUUAUUUGUAAUCGGUGUUUGAAAUUAGAUAAACGUCCACAACCAAUACGACGAUAUAUAUGGAUUAGUCUUUUAAUACUUUUUAUAAUUUCAAUCAUUAUAGGUUCAAUUCCUGCUCGACAAGGAUAUAGUAGAUGUGAUAAACAUUUCUAUGAAAAUUCAACUUUAACUAUACCUAUCUGA